AUGGAAGUCAACCUGACUACGCCCACAUCAUGUUGUUCCUCCAGCAGUAUCUCAUCAUCUUCGCAUGAGAUGGUUUUUUCAACGGAUACCAACAGGAAAAUGAAAGAGAGGAUUGCGGUUGAGCUUGAGCCACCGAGUGAGACUCCGAGGCUAAAGUUUUGCUUCUUGUUCAACAAAGACAGCAUAAGAAACUGUGGUUACCGAAUUUUAGAUGAGGCAGAAGGGAUAAAGAACAAGGCUAAUGCGAGGAUGUUUGGUUGCACCUUUUGCAAGAAAAAGUUCUCUACGUCUCAAACCUUAGGAGGACACCAGAACGCUCACAAGCAGAAGCGAUCACUGGCAAAAAAUGUAAAGAACUGGAGAUGA